GUUCUACAUCCCCCAGAGGUAGUACUACUACUACUACUACUACUACUGUACCGCCCAGACCCCCAGUACAUGUUCUACAUCCCCCAGAGGUAGUACUACUACUACUACUACUGUACCGCCCAGACCCCAGUACAUGUUCUACAUCCCCCAGAGACCGUACAUGUCGGAAGGGACCCUCAGGGACCAGGUGAUCUACCCGGACUCGGUGGAGGAUAUGGUUCAGAGGGGGGUCACAGAUUCCGGUCUGGAGGAGAUCCUUCAGACCGUCCACCUGCUCUACAUCCUGGACAGAGAGGGAGGUUGGGAGGCGGUGAGCGACUGGAAGGACGUCCUGUCAGGAGGAGAGAAGCAGAGGAUGGGGAUGGCUCGCAUGUUCUACCACCGGCCGCGGUACGCCCUGUUGGACGAGUGCACGAGCGCCGUCAGUAUAGACGUGGAGGGAAACAUUUUCCAGGCUGCAAAGGAUGCUGGGAUAUCUCUACUGUCCAUCACACACAGACCCUCACUAUGGUCAGUUACACACACACUAACACACAAACACAUAGAAACACACACACACACUCACACACACACACAAUAACACACACAGUAACACACAUUAUACAACAACGUUAACGUCAGUCGUUCUCUGACGUUACUGUAGAUUGUAACAGACUGCUGUGUUCUGUUUGUCCCUCUGGAGCUGCCGUACGGCAGGAAAACAGUUGUGGGGGAACUUCGUUCUUUUCAGGGCUUAUGCUAUGUCACUAACACGAGACUGUGCACGUUACCAACACGAGAAUGUGCACUACAGUGUUACAAUCCUGGAGGCAGCUGCAGGUAGCUGAAGGAUGCAGCAGGAAGAUGGAGGCAGCAGCAGGA